CGAUCCAGAAAAUAUCUUUUUUGCAAAUAAACAAACAACCACCGAAAAAACGAAAAAAACGACUAUUUCCAUCAGUGAUUGAACAAGAAACCCAUAUGUGCUAUAAAUAGUGGAUACAAGAGGAACAAGAGCAACAAAAAAAAAAAAACAAAUCUGAAAUAAAACAUAAUAUGACUAACCGAAAAACAUUUGAAAAAUUAUGAUUUGUGUUCCACAGUUGAAAUUUUUCGUAUAAUUUACACAUACAAUCGGACUGGACACAGUGUUUUCUUGUUAUUUCGAGAAUGACGAAAUGAUUAAUUGAGUUCUAACUGAGAAAAACGUUCGCUAAAAAUAUUCUAAUAAUUAAAAAAAAAAUGGAUCGGUCAAUGUACGGGAAAGUGGAGACUGGUGCAAGACAGCCCUAUAGAUGCACCAUAAGGGAGAAGGGUAUUUUGCCAGGAUAUGCACUGUUGGCAGACCUCCAAAAUGGUGUACCUGGUCACCAGAAUAAUUCAAUUCAUAACGGCACAUCAUCAGUUCCAGGUUAUGGUUCACUAAGAACGAAACAACAAUCUCCACAGUCGCCAUCGUAUCAAACGCAAAAAGUGGUCACGGAGACUCGUUCAUCGCCUGUUUACAAUAACGGCGGACCAUACCAUCAAGGAUCACUAUCACGUGGCAACACUCCGCAUAAUUCACUUCCCAGGUCUAGUACGCCGCAACAGAAUCCGGGUAAUCUAUCGGAAUUGGAUACGCUACUGCAAGACUUGAGCAGUGCCCGCUACGGAUCGAAUCUUGAACGUAAUGCAAAUGGAUCGGUCAGUCCAUCACCAAAUGUACUUAGUGAUUCAAUUAAACGGCCAUCGGUGGAUAGCUUACUGGAUGAAUUGAGUAAUGCACACAAUAGUGGACCAAUUUAUGCUGUUCCGAAUGGAGCUCCUUCUCAGAGUGUGAAAGGACCAGCUGGCGGUAAACAUGUCACAAUUACAGUUAGGGAAACGAAGACAGAACGACUUACUCCCGUGAACACUCCUAGUCCCCAAGCCAAUGUCGAAAGACAAAUCGUUCAAACACAACAGUCGGGAGCACCGUUUGCUUCAUCUGCCACAAAGGAAUUGGACGAUUUGAUGGCAUCGUUAUCCGACUUUAAGAUUAACUCCAGCUCUCAUCAGCACCAGACGGUUACGGAAUACGCGAAGCCAACGAAAGGUAUUUCGUUCAGUCAUUCAGAGACGACAACAACUCAAACAGUACAACGUGAUCAGUUGGAUUCUAUGCUAGGAAACCUACAAGCCGAUAUGAGUCGCCAAGGAGUAACUACUAGCCAGAAGGGAUGCUGUAACGCCUGCGAUAAGCCAAUUGUUGGUCAAGUGAUCACAGCUCUUGGCAAGACCUGGCAUCCGGAGCAUUUCACUUGCAACCAUUGCAACCAGGAAUUGGGCACAAGAAAUUUCUUCGAACGUGACGGUCAUCCAUACUGCGAACCGGAUUACCACAAUUUGUUCAGUCCACGAUGUGCUUAUUGCAAUGGUGCCAUCUUAGAUAAAUGUGUAACUGCCUUGGAGAAAACCUGGCACACGGAACAUUUCUUCUGCGCCCAGUGCGGUCAACCGUUCGGCGAAGACGGUUUUCAUGAACGCGAUGGCAAACCAUAUUGUCGGAACGACUAUUUCGAUAUGUUUGCACCAAAGUGUAAUGGCUGCAAUCGGGCUAUUAUGGAAAAUUAUAUUUCUGCAUUGAAUUCACAAUGGCAUCCGGAUUGUUUUGUGUGCAGGGAUUGCCGUCAACCCUUCCAAGGUGGAUCAUUCUUUGACCACGAAGGCCUGCCAUAUUGCGAAACGCAUUACCACGCGAAACGUGGCUCCCUGUGUGCUGGCUGCUCGAAACCCAUAACUGGACGAUGUAUAACAGCCAUGUUUAGGAAAUUCCAUCCGGAACAUUUCGUGUGCGCCUUCUGUCUUAAAGCAUUGAACAAAGGCACGUUCAAGGAACAAAACGACAAGCCAUACUGCCAUGGAUGUUUCGACAAACUGUUCGGAUAGAUGUUGCAGCUUUAUAAUGAAACAGUGUGAGAGUGGAGGGAAAUGGAAUUAAUUAAGUGAAGGAAGGAAAAAAAACCGGUCGAAAUAUUUUACGGAUCUAACCAUCGUUUCUAAACACAAAAUAACAUUUUCGCUUAAAGAUGAGAGAAGGAAAAAAAUAAAAACAAAAGAAAAUCAAACCGGAAUCGAAGUCAAUUCUACAAGUACGUAACCUUUCACAAACGGCCUGAUAUCUGUUAUCGACAACCAUUGUCAACAAUAAAGCAAUGACCUUCGGUCUUACAUAGUCAAAUGAAUGUUUAAACAAAUGAAGUAAAAGAUUUUGUAUCCAAAACAGUAUACGAAAGUUUCAAUGAUUUUGCCGUUUCUGAAAGGUUCGUACACAAUGCACACAUCUAAACUAGUGGAUACAGUCGUAAGAAAGCAAUGCGAUCCAGUGGUUUUAGUCUUUGUUAAUCAA